AUGUCGCACAGUAUCGCCUUCGCGCCGAACAUCACGCCCGGUACCUACAACGACCCCCCCAGCCCCGCCGAGCCAUGCGCAGAGUCCCUCCUCUUCCCCGCCAGCGACGACUGCAGCGCAGCCUCGCGCCGCGCAGCAGCCGCCCACGCGAAGAAGAAACCCGAGAACCACAUCCCCCGCCCGCCGAACGCGUUCAUCCUCUUCCGCUCGUCCUUCAUCAAGCAGCAGCACGUCUCGUCCGAAGUCGAGACGAACCACAGCACGCUCUCGAAGAUCAUCGGGCUCACCUGGCAGAACCUCCCCCACGAAGAGCGCCAGGUCUGGCACGCCAAGGCCAAGGCCGCUCUCGAGGAGCACAAGCGCAAGUUCCCCCAGUACGCGUUCCGCCCCAUGCACACGAAGGGCAAGGCGCCUGCGGAGAAGCGCAAGGUGCGCGAGGUCGAGCCCAAGGACAUCAAGCGCUGUACGAAGAUCGCGCAACUCCUCGUCGAGGGCAAGAAGGGGCGCGAGCUCGACCAGGCCAUCCAGGAGUUCGACCGCGUCCACGUCCCCGAGAUCGUCACCCGCUUCGAAGCACCGAUCACGGCGCGUCACUACCGACGCUCGUCCUCCGCGCCGGCGCCCGACACCGAACGCUCGAAUCCCUCCUUCCUCAGUCCGGAGCCGUCGACGCCCUCCAAGCGACAGGCCAAGCGGUCCUCGAGCUCGCAACCCGAGGCCCCGCGCGAACUGUCGCAAGAGUGCGCGACGCCCUCGCCGCUACCGUCGGAGGCGGAUACGGAGAGCGAUUGGUACAGCUCACCUUCGUCGCCAUAUUGCCCCACUACUCCUUCCUACUCGCUCCCUCCUACCAAUCCUUCAUUUGAUGAAUUCAACACAUUCUCUUUCGACAACACCGCGACCCCCGCGAUGCCGCCGUAUCAGGCAUGCGACCCCCUUGACCAGCAGGGAUACCAGGUGUACCAGCAGGAUUCCCAGGAGUCUUGCGUCCCCGGGUACGCUCCCGCCCUCCAGAUCGACACCUCCUUCAUGGACAGCUGGACCACUCCGUCGUCCCCGCUUUCGAGCAUGCCCGGUACGCCCCCGACGUACUCCGUCAUGCACGGUCUCUCCGAUCCGAUGUCAGUGAUGGAGAACUAUCACCUUCCCCAGCUGCAGGAGGGCUACGAUCAGUCCCCGGAGUUCUUACCUCAGCAGCAGCAGCUCUACACCCCCGCCGGCCUUCCCGCGUACUGCGCGCCCGCGGGCGUCGAGAUGUUGUUCGGGGCAGAGGGCUUCGCGGCCCCAGCCAAGCACGACUUCGCGAGCUACUAUGGGCGCCCGGCCGUCGACCCCGUGGACGCCGCCGCAUUCCCCCCGGCAUACAUGGCAUCCGUGCCCACGUACGCCAUGUAG